CCAAAUAUACAAAAUCCCGGCUCAAACUUUUUACACGCGGACCCCCGGCUUCGCCAGAAAUCGCCUCGGAGCGGGAGAUCUCGCGGGAGGGACCAUCCCCGGCGGCGAGGAUGUCCGCCGCGAGGCGCGCCCACCCGCCGCUGCAGAACGGCGCGGGGGGAGACGACGGGGACGACGAGCGGGACGAGGAGGAGGAGGACGGCGACGAGGAAUUGGAGGAUGAGGCGGAGGAGGAGGAGCCGCGGCUCAAGUACCAGCGGCUGGGCGGGAGCGUGCCGGCGAUCCUCUCCACCGACGCCGCCGCGUCCAUCGCCGUCGCCGACCGCAUGGUCGCGCUCGGCACCCACAACGGCACCCUCCACAUCCUCGACUUCCAGGGCAAUCAGGUGAAGGAAAUUGCUGCCCACACGGCAACUAUCAAUGACAUCAGUUUUGAUGCAGACGGUGAAUAUAUAGGCAGUUGCUCAGAUGAUGGCACAGUAGCAAUAAGCAGCCUCUUCACUGAUGAAAAACUGAAGUUUGAGUACCAUCGCCCGAUGAAAGCAAUUGCUCUAGACCCUAAUUAUUCCCGGAACUAUAGGAGAUUUGCUACUGGUGGAUUAGCAGGUCAAGUACUUGUGCUGACAAAGAAAACUUGGGGUGGUUACCAUAAGAAGGUUCUGCGUGAUGGCGAAGGGCCAAUCCAUUCUAUGAAGUGGAGAGCAGACCUGCUUGCUUGGGCUAAUAAUGCAGGGGUGAAAGUGCAUGACAUGAAAACAGACAAAGGAAUUGCAUUCAUAGAGCGACCGAAAGGCAUUCCUCGGCCAGAAUUCUUACUUCCCCACCUAGUAUGGCAGGAUGAUACAGUUUUAGUUAUUGGAUGGGGAACAAGUGUCAAGAUCGCAGCAAUUCGAACAGAUUUAUCUCAGGGACUCAAUGGCAUACAAAGGACCAUCGCCGCAGUAGGUUCUGAGAAGUAUGUAGAUAUUGUGGGUUCAUUCCAAACAGGCUACCACAUAUCUGGGAUUGCUCCUUUUGGUGACCUUUUAGUUGUGCUUGCCUAUAUUCCCGACGAGGAUGAAAACGAGAAAAAAAUUAGUACUUCUGUUACUCCACGACAGGGAACUGCACAGUGUCCAGAAAUUCAUCUUGUAUCAUGGAAGAAUGAUGAAGUUACUACAGAUGCUCUGCCUAUUCAUGGUUAUGAACAUUACAAGGCAAAGGAUUAUGCUCUUGCGCAUGCACCUUUCUCAGGAAGUAGCAAUGCCGGAGGGCAAUGGGCUGCUGGCGAUGAACCUCUGUAUUACAUCGUGUCUCCUAAGGAUAUUGUGGUCACAAAACCAAGAGAUGCUGAAGAUCAUAUUGCUUGGCUUCUUCAACAUGAUUGUCAUGAAAAAGCAUUGGCUGCUGUUGAGGCAGGGCAAGGGCGGACUGAGCUUCUUGAUGAGGUGGGUUCAAGAUACCUAGACCACUUGAUAAUUGAAAGAAAAUAUGCUGAAGCUGCUCAACGCUGUCCAAAGUUGCUGCGAGGAUCUCCUUCAGCAUGGGAGAGAUGGGUCUUUCACUUUGCUCAUCUCCGGCAACUUCCUGUUUUGGUCCCUUACAUACCUACAGAAAAUCCUCAGCUGAGUGAUACUGCAUAUGAGGUUGCCCUUGUUGCUCUAACUACCAAUCCUUCUUUCCAUGAACUUCUGCUAACCACUGUAAAAAAUUGGCCACCAACGUUAUACUCAGCUUCACCUGUCAUAUCUGCCAUUGAGCCACAGCUGAACUCAUCGUUGAUGACUGAUACAUUGAAAGAGGCUUUAGCUGAAUUGUAUGUAAUCAAUAGUCAACAUGAAAAGGCGCUCUCCCUGUAUGCUGAACUCCUGAAGCCAGAAGUAUUUGAGUUUAUUGAGAAGUACAACUUGCAUGAUGCCAUUCAUGAUAAGGUCGUCAAUCUUAUGUUACUGGAUAGUAAAAGAACUGUUCACCUACUGAUCCAACAUCGUGAUAUCAUUCCCCCAUAUGAAGUUGUGGAGCAGUUGCUGCAUAGCAAUAAAACUGGUGACAAGAGAUAUUUUUUGCACCUAUAUUUGCAUGCUCUAUUUGAGAUAGAUAUACAUGCUGGAAAAGAUUUUCAUGACAUGCAGGUGGAGCUUUAUGCAGACUACGAGCCAAGGAUGCUACUACCCUUCCUCCGUACUAGUCAGCAUUACAGGCUUGACAAGGCAUAUGAAAUCUUUGCACAAAGGGAACUUGUAAGGGAGCAGGUUUUUGUCCUUGGUCGAAUGGGCAAUGCUAAGGAAGCUCUUUCAACAAUUAUAAACAAACUGGAAGACAUUGAGGAGGCUGUUGAAUUUGUUACGGACCAACAUGAUGAUGAACUAUGGGAGGAACUGAUCAGACAAUGCCUCCAGAAGCCUGAAAUGGUUGGGAUGCUAUUGGAGCAUACCGUUGGCAAUCUUGAUCCUCUGUACAUAGUCAGUUUGGUUCCUGAUGGGUUAGAAAUACCUCGGUUGCGGGAUCGGCUUGUGAAAAUUGUAACGGACUACCGGACAGAAACUUCGUUGCGAAAUGGAUGCAAUGAUAUACUUAAGGCUGACUGUGUGAACCUUUUGGUUAAAUACUACCACGAGGCUCGACGUGGAGUUUACAUGGCAAGCAUGGACGAGGAGGUACAUGGAAACAGAGUUGAUGAUGGAUCAUCCCGAGCAAGUGAGAGGUCAUCCAGUGUCCGGGCUCUAGAUAUUAAGUCCAGAACGAGAUGUGGUGCCCGGUGUUGCUUAUGCUUCGAUCCUUUGCCCAUUCAGGACAUAUCCGUCAUUGUGUUCUACUGCUGCCAUGCAUAUCAUCUGUCUUGCCUGGAAGGUGGGUUAGACUUAAUGAGAUCAAACAGUAAUCAAGAUAGCGACAAUGAAUCAGAUGAUGAGGAUGGUUCCCCAUCUGGCGGGUCUCGGAUGCGCUGUGUAUUGUGCACUACUGCUGCUGCAUAAUUUAUACCUCGUUGGGUAGUCCAUACUACCUUGUGUGUGUGUGUUGUAAGUUUUUAGCCUUGUAAUUAUUGUGUUCUUCUGGUGUGUUUUACAAUGUACAAUAGCAUGAUUCUUUGAGGGAAGCCAUGUCCUCGGCCAGAGGAUUUUUGUGUAAAUUUGAUGAACCACCAUGAGCAAAGUUGUGCGGCAUUUUCAUUUUUUGUAAUGCCACGUUUGCCAGAUAAUGAAAAGUUUAUUACAGGAUGCAGAA